AUGUCAGCCGUUCCUCUGUCGCUGGUGUGCUACUCCUCGAGUGAUUCUGACUCGGACUCGGACUCGGAUGUCCCACUUCCCAAGCGCCCCGCACAGCCUUCGGAUGUCGCGGCGCCCCCCGGAAAGCGGUCGCGUCUUGCGCUGAGCCUGCCACCUCCGGCAGCUACAAAGUCCUCCAAGACACCAGAGGAGGCGGAGGAGGAGGAGGAGGAGAUCGAUGAUCAGGAGGCUGCUCGCCGGCGUCGGCUCCAGGCCUCUCUGUCCCGGAUGAAGGGGGAGUCCGAGAUGGAGGAUGGGCUGGGCCUUGGAGAUCCCGGGAGCGCCAGCACCGGCGGGGUCUCGCAGUUGUUUUCCAUGUUGCCAAAGCCAAAGGCCGAGGCUGCGCGCCCGGUGCCCGCGGCCCUGCGUCUGGCUCGAGGCCAUGCCGCUGCGCGAUCUGCCCCCCCGGCCACUGCCUCGGCUCCGAUUGCUCGCGAGUCUGUUGCUCCGAUUGCCGCUGUUUCCGAUGAGGAGAGCGAUCAACUGCCUGACUCGCCUGCCGGAGAGGAGUUCUCCUUUUUCUCGUUGGAUGAGCCGGUGUCCGGUACCAAGCGCCGGGUACCCGGCCCCGAGCCCUCGAUCACGUCAAGCGUUAUGGACAGUCCGCCGGCUGUCGAUCAGGCGUCUUCACUUCCUCCGGAGGAGGUGGAGGAAGUGCCGGAGACCGAAGACCCGGCUGAAUCGGAGGACCUGGUUCCGCCCUCUUUUUUGGAUGGCUGCGGGACAAAUCCCCAUGCGCUGGCCUUUGCCGCUGGGCAACUAGCCCAGGCAGAGGCGGAGCUGGGAGUCGAUCCGACCACCGGGCAGCCUGUGGUUUUGUCCGACGCGCAGCGGGCCUACUCCAUGGCGGUGUAUUACAAUUAUUACAUUGACCAAGCAAUGAGCGCUGUCGCGACGGCAGCCACCAGCCUUGAUGUGCCUGCUGGCGCCCCUCCAGGGAUGGGUUCUCGAGCUGACACUUCGGCCAAUGCUACUGCCUCGGCCACACCGAUCAUUUCCAUCCGGGCCGCCGAGCAAAUUGACAUUCGCGCCUAUCAGGUGCCCGAUGAGAAGAAUGGCCCCGACUUCGUCUUCAAGCAGUCCAGUGCAUACAUCUCGCAGGCGGCCCGGCGUAAGAACCAGCUCUCGCAGGUGGAGCAGUUUUCCUUCUCCAACCAGCGUGAUAUCAAUGAGCGUAUUCAACGUGCGCGUGGAAAUAACUUUUCUGGACCACGCUAG